AAACAAUAUCUCAUUAUAGCUUAACAGAUUGUUAGAGGACUAUUUGAAACUGGACAACAACCAAAAACAAUUCUUCCUAAUAAAAAGAUCUGAUUUAAAAGUACAAACAUUAAAUUCAUGUUUUUCAAUUAAAACCAAAGAAAAUAUUUUGAUAAAUGAAGAUGAUUAUUUCUUCUGCUUCUCAGAUCCUUGCAUGACUGAUACAUAUGCAGGAUGGCCUCUUAGAAAUUAUAUUCUUUUUCUACUGUACUAUUGGUAAAUAUAUAGCAAUCCCAAAUUAGCUGGAAAAUCAGUAAAUGUAAUAUCUUUCCGAAUACAUAGACAAGAAUCUCAAACAUUAUGUGAUAACAGUAUCAUUUUUACCGUUCGAAUUUCUAAUGAUAUUGGCCCACUUGAAGAUUUUGUUAAUGAGAAGGAUUCGUGGAUUGGAUGGGAAAGAAACGAGAAAGGAAAUUUUGGUCCUAAAUUUUCAAAUAUGAGAGGAUCGUUGGAUCCUGUGGGUUUAACUCAAUCAUCAGCCGAAUUAAAUUUGAAACUGAUGAAAUGGAAUCUGGUGCCAAAUUUAGAUUUGGAACGAAAUCAUAGUACAAAAUGUCUUUUAUUUGGGGCAGGAACUUUGGGAUGUGCUGUAUCCAGGUCAUUAAUGAGCUGGGGUGUAAAAAGCAUAACACUAAUCGACGGUGGCAAAGUCUCGUUUUCCAACCCUGUAAGACAGUGUUUGUACACUUAUGAGGACAGCUUAAAAGGAAUUCCAAAAAGUGUGGCAGCGGUUAAAAACUUAAAAGAAAUCUACCCGUUGGUGGACGCACACGCUUUUUCUUUAUUCGUACCCAUGCCAGGACAUCCUGUGGGUGAAAGUCUCUUAAAACAAACGUUAGAAACUGUAAAAGAAGUUGAAAAACUUGUGAAAGAAGCUGAUGUAAUUUUUUUGCUUACUGAUUCAAGAGAAAGUCGUUNUAUAAGGACGCACACGCUUUUUCUUUAUUCGUACCCAUGCCAGGACAUCCUGUGGGUGAAAGUCUCUUAA